AUGAAGCUCAGUCUUGGAACCCUUGCCCUGGCCCUCGGAGACCUCAACAUGGUUUCGGCCUUUACGGAAACCUACUCCUGUUACAGCAACAAGUGUACUGGCGCGUGUACACCGACCGAUGGCGGACGGGACGGCAUCCCGACUGAAGUCCAAUGGGGCGAAGGCCAAGCAUGGUGCUAUCUCAAGAAGACUGGGAGAAGACCUGGGUCGGAGGAUGCACCUAUUACUUGCUUGGAUGGUGUAGGAUGUAGCGUGCCAGCGUCCGGAGCGGGGUAUUUGGCUGAGAUUGCUUGUCUUUGCAAGGCCGAGUACAUUUCUAGUGGGGGCAUGAUCGGGCAAUGA